ACCAGUGUCCUCUGCGCUCGAAAAUCGGGUCGUCCUUCAAACUAGAAACAGGACAACAAUUUUGAUCUCCCACACAAGAAAAUGGCAGGAACGAUUGCCCGUAAAGCUGUAGACCAUUUGAAAAGCAAGGAGUUCAGAGAUUAUUUGAUGAGCACGCAUUUCUGGGGACCUGUGGCAAACUGGGGUCUACCUAUAGCAGCCAUCUCAGAUAUGAAAAAGAGCCCUGAGAUUAUCAGUGGCAGAAUGACCUUCGCUCUCUGUUGCUACUCACUCGUGUUCAUGAGAUUUGCUUACAAAGUGCAACCCCGCAACUGGCUGUUGUUUGCCUGCCACAUAACCAACGAAACAGCUCAGUUAAUCCAAGGAAGUCGUCUCAUCAAAUACAAUCUUGAGAAGAAGUCAUCAUAAUCACCAAAUCGCCUACAUGCCAGAGCUUUGGAACUCCGUGUAAAAUGUGGCUAAUUUACUCUGAUCAAAAGUCACAUUUGGACAGAGUCUAGUAAUAAGGUCAAUUCUUGGGGUGUAUUUCGGCAGUGUAACAUUAC